CUCAUUCCCAUCGCUAUCAACCUGUCCGAUUGGUGAUAUUUGGUCUACUGGCUCUCUGCAUCUUGUUUGUCCCUUGUAACCAGUUGGACACGGUCGCUUUGGUGUAGUCGCGUCGGCCUCCCUUGAUAUCUCGGGACGUGUCGAGAUCCUCCAGUGACCCAACUUUCACACUGUAAAGAUUGCAAAAACUUCUUGGAUCUCACAUUCACUCAAUAAGAAGCGACGAAUUCAUCUCGCGCAAAUUGCUCUUAUCCACUAUGGCGACAACUCCACCGCCUGCGUCUUUCCUGCGCAUUCCUCCUACCCCUCGACACGGCAAUGGAUAUGAUCAAUACGAACCCUACUCUACACGUCAAUCAGCCCGUCUAGCUACACAAAAAGCUUCCGCCGAAUCUCGCACAACCCCCCCGCCUUCGUUUCCAAUUUCCAAAGGACGGGGAACAUCGCGGAGCACAAAGAAGCAGAAGACAACCGAAACAGAAUCCCUCUCACCACCGGGGUCACCAAUGAGUCCUCGGAAGACGAUGUUGGGCCGGAGAGUUGCAACACAAAUUGACGACGAAGAUCCGUUUAACGACGCCAAACUUGCUCACUCUCACCGCUCACGCCUUUUCAGGACGACAAUGACCGAAGGAAUGCUUCCCACCCCAGCCAAGACGCCACGGAAAAAGCCUGUUGAUAAUGCUGGCUCAACCGCACGUGUUCUGUUCCCUCAACCUGGUCAGAAGAAAAAGAAGAAGCAGACAGGCUUUUCCUUGGACAGUUUCAGCGACGAUCCUUCGCAGGGCGAUUCGAUCCAGAUCUACACAGAUUCCCGUGAUCGAAUUCCUGAAGUUGACGAGAGCGAGGAGAAUCCAUUUUAUCAAAAGCCUUCCACCAACACAAAACCUCGGCCAUCUAGGCCAAUGACUAGGAGCCGCGACAAGGAAGUCAAUGAGGCUCUGAAGCGCGAGGAUGGCAUGGUCUACGUCUUUCGAGGCAAAAAGAUGUUCCGGAAGUUUAGCGAUGAUGUUUUCGGCAGUGACGAUGAGGACGAUGACGACGACUUAGGGUUACUGGCUUCCCGUCCAGAUCUGCUAGAUUCUGGGAUUCUAGAGAAUGCCCGUCCCCUAACUCGGUCAUCGAUCAAACCGCGGGUGCUUUUCCCUAGCGCCCGUGAGCAUGUUGCGGGGGAAAAUAAUGAAGAGGAAGAAGCCGCCACGGAUAUCGAAGACCAAUUCCUCGACCACACUGAAGCUGCUGACGACCUGGACCUUAUCGCCAACGUCCACCCGGAACAACGCCUAGACACUCCACCUCCAAAAUCUGAUGUUUCAACGCCUCCAUCACCCGGUGUUUCAGUACGAUCUCUACGUUCAAGAUCCAAGCGAGAGCUGGGAGCUCGACAGACCCCAACUGCAUCGGAUCCCACGAAAAAACCCAGUCCAUUCGACGGCUGGCUCCGAAAGAAGCAAACGCCUCCGGUCAUAGCCGCAAAAACCAAGAAGCGAGAUGCAGAAUCUGCCGGAGGCCCAGCCCCCAAGAAGACCCGAGGCAAUCGAGCUAUUAUCUCUCCAUCGUGA